AUGUUUGGCCCGGCUUUUUGGCGUACUGCUCAACUCGAAUGGUCUGCCCUACAACGCGACCCUUUCCCCCAAUGCAAGACUAACAUCUUGGCUGAGGGUGAUACAUGGGGCUCAAUAGCGAGGAAGGCUGGUAUCUCACCCGUUCAGUUCAAAGCCUGGAAUGCAAACGUCAACCAACUCUACAGUAACUUGGGACGCUUCAUUGGCGAUACCUUUUGCAUCAGUAACCCUUAUGGAGACUUUUCAAUUCCUGAUCAGCCAAUCGUAACGGCUGUCCCAACGCCUGUACCUGCGCCAUCGGACAUUGCGCCCAACAUCACAUCGCGAUGUGGUCAGUUCUACAGAGUCGGCGCUGGCGACGAUUGCUCAACGGUAGUUCCGGCCUCGCACGCGCAUAUCACUGACUCGAGCAGCUACUUUUUCAAUCCUUUCAUCAAUGUCAGCUGUUCCAAUCUCUGGCUUAAUGCGUCUUAUUGUGUACAACCGGUCGGAGAUAUAACCACAUACCCUGGAUACGGCGGCUCGACAACGGUCACGCUACCGCCUUUCACUGCAGGCCCGAAAACAUCGCUACCGCCUAAUCCGGACCCAGUUGAUGCUCCGGAGCAAACAAUCAUUCCAAUGGCGAACGAUACUCGCAUAGAUUGUUAUACCUACAUGUGGCUCAACGACACUUCGGCGGAGUCGAUAGAUUGCUGGGGUAUUGCAGACGCUGUUGAAUUGAACGCGAGGAGUUUGCACUCUGGAACCCCUCACUCGAUCAGAACCCGAUGA